UUUCCGGAAAUGAAACUUGCAACAGGACAAAGCCCGUGCCCUCCCUUGUAAUGCUGCAGGGCUCGUGGCACUCUGAAGACCCGCGUACUACCGUCGAGAAAAAAACGCAUGUCAGAAGCGGGUCGAACCAAUAUGAUCGUGUCGACGUGAAUGGGUAUCGAGUAACGGUGGUUAGUGCGAAAUGUAUUAAGUGUGUGAUCGAGUUUCAGGUCGGUCGGAUUGGUCGGGUCUGACGAGAAUGUGCCUGAGAUGGACGCUACAAAGACGACUUCCGUUAGCUAAUUGAACGCGAAUUUUUUUUCCUAUACAUUUCUUUUUUUUUUGCACAUCGCGGUGUUCUCUCAGCUCUAGCACGAGGAUGACUUGAAGAGUAAACGCUUGCGUCUAACCAAAGCUCCAACGGUCGUGAAAAAGUUAACCAUUAUUUUACCCCGAACUCGACGUAUCAACGCGGUGCAUCCGAUGCAUUGUUGGUGAGUGACUUGACGCAGUGAGAUGUUGAGAAUGGCUAGUGAGUGAGGUACAUAGAUACGUACAUGAGAACCAAGGGCUUUAGUACAACGAGUGUUGCUGUCAUCCUGGAUGUUGUAAACGUUUUCUCUUAAAUAGGGUGAUACUAGCGUGGAUGAUGCUCUGAAUAUUCUCAGCCGCCUACUUAGUUCUCGAACAGAAAUAUUUCAACUCCCUUCUGCCUUCUGGCGUCACCGUGAAAACGACACCGUGAAUCCGAGUGCUGGAAUGAAAAUCUCCGUGUCUCGUGUUAUACGCUGUACAUUCGACAAACCUUUCGGUACCAAUUCAUCGAAAGUUCGUUUCUUCUGUGCUGUCAUUUGUGUAGGUGUGAUUGUUUUUUCCAAGGUGAUGGUGUCGGAAAACCUUGCCUCUUUAUUAUUACGAAGCCUAUUUUUCCGCCUCGAUGUGUUUCGUCGAUUGUUGUUGGUGUUGGGUUAAUAAUCUGUGAAUUUUCAUUUGCCAAUUGUGUAUGUGUGUGUGAAAGGUGACAAUGUUUUAAUUUUUAUACAUUUUUUUCGUCAUUGUCCCAUUUAUAUUUCUUCGACCAAAUACACUCGUAUGUAUACAUUCAGUUCAAAAGUCUGCACAAGCCAGUUUUACUGUUCGUCGGUUAUCAUGCGGCGUACUUCAAGAUCUUUAAAAGAGUUGUGUAAAUCUGUGCUUCUGUAACUUGCGUAUCGUGCCGAUGGUGUCUUCUCGUUAUGAUUGAGCCCAUAAUAAUACACAGAGGAAUCGUCGCACGCCCCCAUUAAACGGAGGGCGCGAAGGUCCUAUGCUCUGCGAAUUGAUGGGUAUAUGCUUUUCCUGCAGGAGACCCACUAGCAGCCGAAUCAAUAAUAAAAUAUCUGAGCAUAUCUCUGCAUCGGUAACACCCCUCCAUGUUUGUCUGGAGGAGCAAAGAGGACCAGAACUGGGCUCCUGUGUUGUCACAGCUCGGAAGCCACAGUUUGCACAGGUUGAGGGUGUUGGGGAUAGUGGUGGAGCAAGAGGACGAGGAGGAGGAGGGGGAGAAGAAGGUGGAGAAGGAGGUGGAGGUGGAGGUGGCGGUGGAGAAAGAGGAGAAGGAGAAGGAGGAAAAGAGGCUGACACAGAGGGCGGUAGGGAGGGUGAGCUAAGACACAACCAAUUGAGCAUGGCAAAUACCAUCAGCAAUAUGAAGAUGACCAACCCUAUCAAAGGGCUAGUCAGCAAGCGUAGGAAACGCUUUAUCGAAGAUGGCUUCAAUCUUGAUCUCACAUAUAUAAAAAAUAACUUGAUCGCUAUGGGUUUCCCUGCUGAGAAGCUGGAAGGAGUUUACCGAAACCAUAUCGAUGAUGUUGUUAAAUUCCUUGAAUCCAAGCACAAAGAUCACUAUAAAAUUUACAACCUUUGCUCGGAAAGGUCAUAUGAUGGUAAGAAGUUUAAACUAAGAGUGGCUACUUAUGCAUUUGAUGACCAUAAUCCACCAAUGCUAUCACAAAUCAGGCCAUUCUGCGAAGAUGUUCACACUUGGUUAUCCCAGCAUAGAGAAAAUGUAGCAGUGGUUCACUGUAAAGCAGGAAAAGGUCGUACGGGUGUCAUGGUAUGCUGUUAUCUUUUACAUAGCAAGCAGUUCAGUACAGCUACAGAUGCCCUUAAUUAUUAUGGAACCAAGAGGACACAUGAUAGAAAAGGAGUAACAAUACCAUCGCAAAGGAGGUACGUGGGUUACUAUGCUUCCCUAAUUCAGGAAGAGCUCCUCUACGAACCUGUUCAUCUGACUCUACAGCAAAUUAGAUUGGAUCCUGUUCCAACAUUUAAUGGCGGCCAGGGAUAUCUUUUUUUCGAGAUAUCUGCAUCUAAUGAGAAGUUAUUCAUUUCGGAUGACUACGAAGUUAGAAAAGGCAUGCCUUCUCUACGCAUGCCAGUCAAACCAGUCUCGCUCUGUGGGGAUAUUCGAAUAGACUUCUUCCACAAGCCAAAAAUGAAACGAAAGGAGAAGAUGUUUCAUUUUUGGUUCAACACAUUUUUUGUGCGUGAACAUGUGGCUACACACUAUGACAACGGAGAUAUACCAGUAGAGAAGAGAUCCACACGAGCUUUGAGCUGUGAUGGAACAGCCAUGGAAUUACCAAUGGUUACAGCUCAUACCAAGCCACGAACGGGCUCGUUGACUAGCCUUGGCCCUAUGCCGCCGUCCCUAGUCUUGAACAUAGACAAGGCAGGAUUGGAUGAUGCUCAUAAAGAUAAGCAUCACAAGCUGUAUAGUGCGGAUUUCAAAGUAAGCCUUUUCAUGCAUCAAGUUGCUAGUAGUAUUCAGCCAUCGGUAUCGGAAACAGUUAAUAAAUCAGACGGUGUACCAAUAAGAGGAGGGAUUGAUCAUUCAGAGACACCGAGCGAGUCUAGUGAUGGUUCAAGCAGCGAGUGUGAUACAACAGGCGAUGAAGAGGGCUGGGAGUCGGGUGAGUCCUCUGCAUCUCUGGUGGUCAGUCAUCAUCCACUCACACACAGCUCUAGCCAGACACACGCCAAUACCCACCACAGGGCUAGUCUCAGGGAAACUGCAAAAAGCUUACUGUCACGUGGGGAAAAGGUGGAUUUGGAUCAGCAAGUUGGACGGUAUCGUCUUCUCUCGGAUGGUGGAAUGAUAGAUCUUUUGUGAGCUCUGCAUCCUCACCUCUGCAUUGGUCUCCAGGCCACAGUACUGUUUACAGGCAUAAAUAUCAUACCAUAGAUUUACGUAAAUAGCACGAGUAACUGAUUGUCAUGAAUUCAUACUUGUCUGUCAUAUGAAAGGCAUUUGUAAAGUGAUUGAAAGUUAUGUUGUACCAGUUACUGGUGCUAUACAUCCAUGUCGCUCUAUGGCUAAAUUACGUAAACUACUAUGUUCAUUAUUAUCUCAUGGAGGCAUAUUGUGAAAAAAGAACAAGCUGACGCGCUUUGUGCGUGUUUAUCGCAUGCCACAAUAGAUUUUUUAUUGAUAGGUUCACUACGUUUUUGUACAAAAAAUUUUGAAACACUCUCAAUUGGUGUAUAGAAUUAUUAUUCAUUAUCACUACAUGACAAGAGAUUUGUUGAAAUAGAUGAGCUAAUCGCCAUCGAUUGAAUCUCCAAUGCCUGCAAUUUAUACUCUGUAUUUUUGUGAGAGUAGAGUAAGCUUUGAAUUAGGAGAGUAUUAGAAACCUUCAAAAUAGGCUGGAAUAUCUUAAUACUUGAAAUACAUUACAUUAAAAAUCAGAAUUAUAGCAAUCAAAACCAUGUUCCAUUUGUUGAAUCGUUAACAAAGGCUGCAUGGUUCCCAAAGAAAAACCAGAUUAUUAAGAAUAAUAAUUUCAGUAGCAAGGGGUUGAUGAUUCUCUCCGAAUUCGAUACCUACUCAAGUUGCAAUUCAAUGGCAUUACAAUAAAGCAGUACAAUCAUUGGAUCUCAGAAUACAAAAUAUGCUUCUGAUAGUGAUCGACAAAUUGAAUAUUUGCACCAUUACGGAAAAAUAUCUUUAACAAAUAGAUCUUGUGGUAAACUGCAGUACCAAGUAUUACCAAUAUUGAUUAUUAUAUUCAAUAAACAUUUAUCAUUUCAACUAUUUAUUGAUUUACGUUUCGUAAUUUUCUUUUCUGAACUCAUUGAACAUCGAUUGAAUUCAUUUUCAAAUCGAAAUCAAUCGAUCCUUACAAAUCCAUAAUUCAUAACAUUUGUGUAUUUGAGUUGAAUGCAUUCGUUUUUACGUUAUCAAAUACUACGUACUACAUGUAUAUCAUUAUUCAGAUUUGGUAAACUUAUUUGCGAUACAAGAAUUUGAUUAAAAAGUGAGCAGCAUUACAACAAAAAGCACAUUUUUGUAUAAAAUGGAGUGGAAUGAAAAGUACAUUAAAAAGAAAAUAGUAUAUUUUCAUAAGGAAUAAAUAAUUGUAAGUCAAUAAUAAUCGUAGUGAGAGCAUUAUUCGUUUCCGCCUCUUGGCUCAGAAUUGGUUAGUACGAACAUUGAUCUCACUUACGCCAACUUACCUUGAAUUCUGAGUGUAAGAGGGAUUUACAAUGUAAUAUUUGCUUAAUUCAUAGAGCUAAAUAUUUACUGAAUUUGUAUAUUUAUUACAAGUUGAGUAUUGCAAAGAAAUUGUGUCCAAAGUUUUUUUUUUGCCAUUGAUUAGGAAUUCAGCAUACACAUAAGUUUAUUCUAUAACACUAAUGAGAAAUUUAUCUAACGCGUAUAAGUAUGAAAGAAUUGAUCCACGUCAUGAAUCGAUAUCUAUUGAAAUAUGUAUCUCAUAUAUAUUUCAAUUUGAAGUAAAUAUUGCGUAUGAGCAAUCUUCAGAUCAGCUGCAGCUGAAAUUAUAUCAGUAAAACAUUGUGUAGGUCAAACGCCUCAAUCAAACUGGUAUUGUUCGACAGCUUAUUCUAGUCUGCUUGUCCCGUCACAAUGUAUUCAGUUUCUUGAAAUAUCAAAUUUCUGUAAUUUAUAAAUGUUGACACAAAAACAGUUACAAUUUUUCGGUUGAAAAUAAAUUUUCUUCUAUGUUAUAAGGUCCUACUGUGUGUUUGCAGUAUUUUCAAAAUGAAUAAAUUUGGACAAAAUGGGUCACUCAGGUUUCUAACAAUUAUUCAGGCGAUGAAUGUUAGUAAUAAACUUUAAUGUACGUUAAAUUCAGUGUAUAUCUAGCUCUGUGAUUAGUUUUAAAAGUUUUUAAUGUAACAUAGAGUAUAGAGCAUGCAAUACCAGGUCAAUAUCGAGCUUAACCAUCGUACCCCCUUUGGUUGCAAAAUUUCUUGGCGCGUUUUGCUUUUUUAUUUUUCUAUACUCAUUACAUAGUUUGUGUCAUGGUGUAUCUUGUGAUGUUUGUCAUUCACUGUUUAAUCACGACUCUAUUGAACUAUGAGAUCUUUUAACAUCAUUCUUUUAUACGAUUUAUAAGUUUGUACAAAUUUAAUACAACUGUCAAAACUUGACCAAUUUACCAAUUAGGAUUACAGGUUUUCAUUAAAUAGGAUAAACUAAUGAUUAUCAAUGUUUUGAUACCCGGCAGUCACCCCCAAUCUAUUGAUUGAUCAAAUAAUGUGAAAAUUACUGAAAAUUAAUGCUCUUAAAAUUUAUCCUGUAAAUCAUGUAUUUAAAUGAGUACGAUUUGCACUUCUGUUAUUUCUAAAUCUACUAAAGAUUCAUGCAAGUGCAUUAACACUCGAUUUAAUUUUUGUUCUUCAGUUCGAAAUUCCGUGUGUAAGGGAAUUGAUUCUCAGUUAGUUUUGUGUUAUGAAUUUCGUUCAUUUAUAACCAUUGUGUAAUUUACUGUCAUUUUAUCAAUUGGUACUUUUCUUGGCACAGGUAUGAAUUUUUUUCAAUGGAGCGGUCCUAUUUGAACAAAAAUGAUUGCGUAUGCGAUGAAACUAUACCAAUUGUUGAAAAAAUGAUAAAUUUAUUUAUCCAAACUUGACUAGACCAAUCUUCACGCUCUUUGUUACAGUAAAGAUUACAUAUGUGUCUCGAUUGCAUGAAGAACUGCCUAGUCAAUUCAAAUAGUUAUUACUCACAGAUGAAAAUCAUUGUUCAUCCAAUUUCUAUUAUUCAAGUACCUAAAUGUUGAUAGAAUUUAACAGUUCUUAUAAAAUUAUGAAUUGAUAUGCAUUAGUUAUUGAGAAAUAAAUGUUACUAUGCAGUUUAUACCAGAAUGUUCAAGCAGAUUCUUUCCCUACAUUUUGCACUGUGUAUGUAAAAGUUGAGACCUACAAAUCAAUAUUUGCCUAGAAACAUAAGAAAUUACUAAGAUUAGGGAUUUCACAAACAUGUGUUUACUGUCAGUGUUUUGCAAGAUUUCAAUACAACCAUUUUACUCUGUGAACGCGGUCUCAAAUCAGCCUUAUUCCAAAUUGUUGUCAAUUUGCCAUUUCUUACUGUGACAUAUGAUUCAAGGCUGCAACUUCUGCUAUGCCUCAUAAUUGCUAUGCCUCAUAAUAAUUAUCGUGUUUACCAAAUGAUAAGUUUUGAAAAAAAUCGAAAAUUUCUAAGUGACUAAAUUAUGUGUCAUUUAUUGGCAAGUCACAUUACGCAAUAUUGUACAAUAUUAGUGAGUGGUGAAACUUUUUAAUCCGAGUUGCGUUUUUAUCAGAGAAAAUCUGGUGGCGAUUGUUAAUUCAAACUUUUCAGUGUGGCUAUGUUAUUCAGUGUGCCUAGGAAUAGAGUAAAUGAUUAUUUAUUACGAGAUGCAAAUGGAAAAAACGUUGAAUCUUAAAUUUAUACUAUUAGUAAUCAAUUUCUUUGUUUCUGAUCUUAGGAGCGUAUAUAUAUCCUCGUCCGAACUAAAAUGGAUUUAUUAAAAUGUUUUUUUCAUAUAACGAUCCAAUAUUAUUAGCUCAAAUUAAUGACAUUAAGCAUAAAAACAUUCAAUUGAAUCAAUAUGGCACGGUGUACUGCGAUUAAAGCAUUUUUACAACUGAGAGUAAUGCAUGAUCCAACUGAAUAUUGAGUUAAUAUGAUCGUUUCGUUAACUUUGCGGUGCAGUUCCAUUGAAAGCUAAUACCGGAAGAACCGCAGAGAAACAUAUAAUCGUCUGAUCCUAAAAAGUAUAUUUUACAUUAUAACUAGAUGCUUCGACCUACAAAUUUUUGGCUACUGUAACAUAAUGAUUUGAAUUGAAAUUUUUUAUGAUCUGAAUCUAAUUUUGGAACUCAAAGUAAAAUUGCUUCAUAAGACAAUAAUUAACAACUUUCCGCACCAAUCUUUCAUUUUAAAUUUAUUUUUCGUACCCGACUAAAUAAAUCUAAUUAUCUAUCGAAAUGAGGAAGAUUUUUAGAAUAUAGCCUAUCCUUCGUAUUCUACUCUAAUAUUUUCAUGCUCACUGGAAAACAAAAUUGUUUAAAGGGUCAUGCUUUUGUAAGUGAUACCUACUAAAAUAAUACCGCAUGAGUGUUCUGGUCUUAUUCGAGUUCUCUUACUUUUUAUUUUAUCAUUAAUCAAAAAGAACAUAUCUGUUGCUUCUGAAUGCUUAUACUUUGUGUUGGGUUUUGUUUUUCCGUCAUAAUAUUCCAUGCAUUUUUAUCAUGUUAUUACAGCUUUGUUUACUUCAUUAUCAUGCCUUGAGAAUGUCAUGUUUGAAAAUUACUCUUCAUACAUUUUCUUCCUCAGCUUUAAAAAGUUAUUUUGUGUAAAUACCAAUUGAAUAAUUUCGUGUAACAUCCAUAAGUAUUAUAAUAAUACUUGUAAUCACAAUUCAGUUUAUCAGACUCAUCUGCAUUUCAAAUAACUUGUGUGAAUUACUCUUGAAUAAAAUGGUAAUGUUCCGAUAAAGUCAUCCCCAUACUUACUGUAAAUAAAAUGUCGAAAAGAGAAUAUUAUGCCAUCUUAAGUACAAAGUAUUCGGUGUUAUUGGUAGAAAGUAACAACACAUGUAAGAACACCAUGGAAAAAAUUGAAUCGUGACUGACGUUGGGUUUGCAUUCCAGGGGAGUCGACGUACUUGUGACUGAGACAUGACUGAUGGCGGGUCAAUCAGAGCUUACUCUUCACGUACGGUUGUUCAACCCCAGACUGCAAUGCACCAAUUGCUUGACUACCAAUCAAUCAAUCAAUCCACAGAUCAACCAUCGCAUCUUGCCUGACACCCGUUACGCAUGCAUGUUCUCCUACUUACCGGUACAAGCCCACACUGCAUUAUUACAUUCAUUAUUUUUAUACUAUAGAAAAUCAUUUUAAUUAAUACCUACAUGUCGGACUUAUGUGCGUUUAUUUCUGAUUCUAAUUUUUAAUUUCAUUUCACGCAAGGGUAGAAAUAACAGCAAAGGAUAUGCUAUAAAUUUAAUAAUUGCACAAGUAUUUGUAUAGUUUUCUUGUUUCGAGAUUGUUCUAUACCUCAGCAUUUGAGUCGAAAACAAAUGCGAAUCGAAGUGUUGCGAAAUUCCCAUUAACGAAGUAUACAAUCAUAUUUCGUACAAAAGAUUUGUUUCAUAGCAAGUUUUCGACUUUAGUUUUUUUCUUAGAAUUAUUAUGACUAUGUACUUCCUACAUGAAAUUGAUGGAAAAUAAUUCUUAAUUGGCAGCACGACUUUAAUUCCGGUGACCAUAAACAUCAUCAUUCCAUAUUCUAUCAUAAACUACAAAUUAUGUACUAAUCCUAUACAUAAAGCCUUCCAGUUAUGAGAAAGCAAAUGUCGCGGUUAAACUACAAAUUAAGAUAAGACUUUACAUCGAGUUCUACUUUUAGAAGAUCUGUGUAGUUGGAAUUGAGAUAUAAAGUUUUUUACGUUAGAGUUCUUCAGCAAAAGAUUGACUGUCAAGUCACUAGGCAUCAAUACAUGAUCUUUUGGUUUCUGGAUACUAAAUGAGGAAAGUGUAUCUCUUUGUGUCUUGUGGCACAUUAUUGACAGCAAACUAGGGAUAUCGCUUUCCGAGUUAUAAACAACUAGUGGCUCCUAAGAGCGAUAUUAUUUAUUUAUUUAUAAAAAUAAAGGCACAAAUCGUCGAAGUGAUCUAUAAUACUUAGGUUACUGCUUUAUUAGUUACAUAAUGUUGUAAUAAUAUGUACCAGCCUUUAGGAAACUUGUUGCUAGAAGUUCAAAGAUCACGUCAAAAAUGUUACAUAAUUUUACUUCGUGAUUAAUAGUUUUUCACAUUAUUAAAAAAUAAUAGGUAUUGGAUUCAAGUUUAAAAAAUAUUUGAAGCCAUAUUUGUCACGUUCUCGAAUUUAAAAUUUACCUAUUCUAUUCUUAUAUCCGAUUUUGAUAGGAAUCGUUUAUAUUCGGUAUGGGAACUAUUUUCACAUAAACAAAUGUUGUUCUUCAUAGGCUCUUAUUAGACUGCUCACAAUUACGACGAUUUUAAUGAAUUUUAUUGUAUCUGAUUAGGAUAAACAUUCAUGGCCAUGUGAUAUGUUUCCAGUGGCGCAAUGCAAAUAUGAAAUGAUCAUGCUUUAAAGUGUUAUUGUUAACAGUUGAUUAUCGUCUGUGCAAGGGUGUUAUAGUAAAAUUAGGUGUUACUUUCUUGCAAUGUUUAGGCUUGACAGAUUUUAUUUUUUGCCAAGUCGAGUCAUGAAUGACGGCUACAUAAUUACAGCUCCCCCAGUUCAGUCCUUACAUGUAAUAAACAAGUAGCACAAAAUCGUCAUGUCGAUUAAUUACGUGACAUCGAACUAUAAAUUUCUUUCAUUCAAGCUGCAAUUGCGCAAUUGUGUGUAUUUAUAAAAAUUCAAUUAGCAUAUACAAUUAAUUUAAGUUAAAGUAAGCUAAGUUACAAUUGUAUCUUUUUGAAGACAUCUCUUAGAAUUCUAUUAUACACUGUACAGCAUAGUUAUAUAAACUCGUCGUAUAUUUUUAUACCAAUCUUGAUUUUUGCGCAGGUUUUUCUAUGAAUCCUUCACGUUUUGUUAGUAGAAUGGACCAUUUUAUAAAAUAUACCUGCAGUGAAAUAUGCACAAUUGCGCUGCUUUUUCAUAAUAUGAUACGUGAAACAGUGUGCUUCGAAUUGAUAUUUGAUUACAUAAUUUUUCAUUUUUUUUUUAAAUAAUGACGUCUCUUUUAUUGUGUCAACCGAUAGAUUAAUAAUUAAAUCUAGUAUAUGUAGUGUUUAAUAUACUUUUUACUCACUGAUGAAGUAAGCCAAAAUGUUGCUGAAAUUGUUUACGCGAACGAAUGCCACUUGGGAUAAGUUUUGCCUUACUUCACAACUAUGUUACAACAAAUUAUCGAGGUUUGGUUCGCAGAAUUGUUCUGUAAUUUUACUGAAACAUGAAAACGUUACCUCAUCGAAUAGAAAAUACCUGAACUCAGUUAUAACAUUAAUAAUUAAUUCGACCUAUGAUAAUAAUUUGUUGCACUCGAUUUGUUUAAAAAAUUGUCUCAAUGUAAUUUAGCUACGUUAAAUACUGAUGAAUUAUGUGUUAUUGUGAAUUUACUCAUUAGUGGAAUUUAUCAGACGAAUUGCAGGAGUUCAGAACUUUGACAGAAUCAAGAUACAUAGUCUCAAAAUACCGAUCAUCUCUAUUGCAUUGAAAGUAAUUCGUGAUACAUAUUGUCAGAUUCUUCCCAAAGUACUCGUUUGUAAAUCCAUAUUAAUAACAGAUGAGAGCUGUGAAUCAAGUAUUUAUACUUAUUAUGAAUUACCUAUUUUCAUAUUACCGUAUUGUUCAAUUCAACCUAUAGAGUACAAACAAGUUGACUUGAUCUCACAUAGACUAAAAAAUAAAAAUUUCUUCUUUCCCGAAGGAAUACAAAUAUGUAGUUUGUUUUUCUUAAUCUAUAAAUUAUUUCUGUGUAAGCAGAAUAUUCGAGGCCAAUAUUGGCUGUAUUGCCAACACAGCUACACAUAGAUAAUUCUAGGAAGGUGCAAUACCAUCCAGACUAUCAUAUGUGUUUAAACGCUGUUAGACACAUAAUAUAAUUUUUUUCUGUGUUCAGAAAAUAACUUAUUCAUUUUCCCUUCGUAGAUUAACACAUUAGUGGUAAUGUUCCUGCAAUGGUGUAGAGAGCAGUCGAUGCACAUUUGCAGAACAUACCUGAAUAACAUACAAGUUUAGUGUGAAGGUGCACGAUACCGGUGGAAGUAUUAGGAAAAGCAUAUUUAUACAUAUGUUUGCCGGUUAUAUCUCGUAAACAUAACUUGGAGAUGAAUUUUUGUUCAGCAUCGAGCUAUCGGUGGUUUACGUCAUUGGAAUCUAUUUUAUUCUUCUGUGUUCAUCCUUAUGUUUCUAUUGGCGUCUUGCAUCUCUAGCGUUAUAUUUAUGAUCUAACAUGAGAGAAUUUUAUAUUUUAAUUUUUAACUCCGCAUUUAAAUAAACGAAUUUGAUCAAUAA